AUGGACCACGUCGGCAUUGCGGAAACUAUGUUCUCUCAGGCAAGCAUUCUAGCCUGGGGGACUUCUGCUUUUGUUAUACUAUCCAUCUAUAUAUUGCAAGCCAGGCAUGCCUUGAGGUCAUCCAGUCGCGCGGCACCGAAGGUCGCCAGCGCCAGCAGCCACGGUAUUCAGCCUCGCACGACGCAAUUUCUGCCAUGUUCCAUCAGACACUGCCGGCUGUUCCCCAAGCAACACAGGUUCAAAUAUCCAUACCUGUCGGUCGGCGUACCGGUUCGAUCGCCAAGCUCGAACUGGUUGCUAUCCGUGGACAAUCAGCCCUGGUGGGAGAGAGGCUGGUUUCAUGUCUCGCCCAAGGACCAUCUGCACCGGGGUCGGGACGGCGCGACCCUUUCUGAAAAUAUAGAUGCAUAUUUAAAGCUUCAGGGCCUGGAACCUUCUGGCUAUCCUUUCAUCUACCUCUUGACUUCACCCCGGUUUCUCAAUUAUGCGUUUAAACCAGCCUCAUUCUGGCUCCUAUAUACAGAAGACCGCACGUUAACUCACAUUGUUGCGGAAGUGAACAACACCUUUGGCGAGCGACGCAUGUAUCUUUUCGAAGCUCCUCCCAAUGGCAACGCAUUCAAAAUUACGAUGCGAAAGGAUUUCCACGUGUCACCUUUUAGCUCCCGCAAGGGCUCCUAUGUGCUCUCCAGCUCAGAUCCUAUGAUCAAAAACCGCAUUUCUCUGACCGUCACCCUGCGGUCCUCAAAAAAACAUACAAAACUGGUCGCUAAUUGGUGGUCCAUUGGCCCUGCGAUUGACCCGGCCACGGUAUCGCUGCUCGAUUCCCUGGGACUCAUCAUGUCCUGGGGCCCAACAAUCCUCACCACAUUCCCCAAGAUUGUGUUUGAGGCUGUCGUGCUCGCCCAAGUCCGCAGGCUGCAGGUCUGGUACAGGCCAGAACCACUGGAAACGGCGAUCCCGCGGCAGCCAAACGCAAACGAGGCGUAUCUAGCCUCCAUUUUUGCUCAGUAUCUGGAGUUUUUCUGGGCACAAUUCGAGGGAAAGUUUUCCGUUUCCAUCGUACCCAGACAUGAAAACAACGAAGGGCUUCCCGGGCAUGGUACCUAUGGCCUUUUGCACAUGCGCAUCGCGAAGGUAGACGACAAGUCUCAGACUCUGAAUCUGACAGUUCAUUCGCCGCAAUUCUAUCGCCAAAUAAACACAUGCCGCAAGCUUUCGGAGUUGCUAGAGAUGGCACUCCUAGAUCCGCACGUGGAGAAUCGUACAGCAUGGUCCAACGAUGCAGUGGCACUGGUCAGCAGUGCUAAGGAUAUUGAGCGCGCAAUGGAGAAAGCGAACGGCGCCGAUUCUGGGAUUGAAGGCUUGUUCAACCCUUACAAAGCCAUAUGGAUUUUGUACAGACAGCUAUUAUGUGCGCGUCCUCUACCUGGAGUUUAUCCGUAUCCAGCUAUCCCCGCCGCAAGAAGUGACAUCGGCUUGCGAGAUGUAUGCCCAGGAUCGGACAAGCUAGUAUCUGAACCUUUCUUGGAUAGCUUCAUCGCUCAAGAAUUUGGCAUAUGGUCUCAACUUCGCUAUAUGGCUGUUGCGUUGCGGCUUCGUUGGAGAACAUGGCUCGCGGGCAUCAUCGGCGGAGAGUGA